ACAAACUCUGUAAUUUAUUUCUUCUCCUAUAUAUAAUUAUGAUAACGCAUUUUCUCUCUUCGCUCACUCGCUCUCCAUUUCUUCUCCCUUAGGUUUCUUCUUCAAAGGAAGCAAUUACUAUGGUUCGUGGUCGUGGAGUAAGCAAUGGUGGAGGGCAGAGUUCUCUGGGCUACUUGUUUGGUGGUGGAGGAGAGACUGCUAUCACUGCCCCACCUGCUCAAAACGAUUUGCAGGCUGUAAAGGAUACAACUCCCAAGAAGCCCACUGUUACAGUGCAACCAAUUGAUAAAAUUAAGGAGAUCCCAGCAGGCAUUCACGGAAGUCCUACAAACAAUUACUUCAGGGCAGAUGGGCAGAACUGUGGCAACUUUAUCACGGACCGACCUUCGACCAAGGUUCAUGCUGCCCCUGGUGGUGGAUCUUCAUUGGGUUACCUCUUUGGUGGUAGCAGCAGGAACUGAUUUCUUCGUUGCUAGAGAAUGAUGUUAAUGUAUCAUCUGUUCAUUUGGCACAUAUAAUUCGUAUUUCAUAGCCCAGAAACUGUGACCAUUGUGGUCGUCACCCUUGUGCAAUGUAAUCUGUUGCCAAUGUGAUAAGAAAUUCUUGGAUCAAAAUUUCCUCAUUAAAAUGUAAGUGUAUAAUAUGCAUCAUUGUAUGAUUCCCUACUUUGCAUUC